GUCAAUCACCUCUCUCACCUGCCUUCUCAUCCUCAGUCACUCACCCGGCACGCACCCACCCACCAUGAGCUCCUUCCUCGACGUCAAGGGCGAGAUCAAGCCCAACCCGACCCCCUCCACCCCCUCGAACGUGAUGGACAUGUUCAGCAUGAAGGGCAAGGUAGUCGCCAUCAGUGGGGCAGGCGCGGGUAUUGGUUUUGCGGUGGCAGAAGCAAUGGCAGAGGCGGGGGCUCAUGUCGCGAUUUGGUACAACUCCAACAAGGCUGCGGUCCAGAAGGCGGAGGAACUCGCCAAGAAGAACGGCGUCAAGGCAAAGGCGUAUCAGUGCGGCGUGACAGACUACGAGGCCGUCCACGCGACCGUUGCACAGGUAGUCAAGGAUUUUGGCCACCUGGACUGCUUUGUCGCCAACUCGGGCGUGGCCUUUGCUGGUGGUAUCCUGGAGCAGCCCGUCGAGGAGUGGCACAAGGUAAUGGACGUCAAUCUGCACGGCGUCUUCUACUGCGCCAAGGCCUGCGGUGAGGUCUUCAAGCAGCAGGGCAAAGGUAACCUCAUCAUCACCGCUUCGAUGAGCGGACAGAUCGUCAACGUGCCCACCGACCAGGGUUGCUACAAUACUAGCAAGGCGGCGGUUAUCCACUUGGCGAGGAGUCUGGCGAGGGAGUGGAGGGACUUUGCUCGAGUGAACACAGUCAGCCCUGGCUACAUCGAGACGGAUCUUGGCGCAGCACCCAAGGUCCGCAACGAGGCCUUCCGAAUGGCCGUCCAGGGGCGUCAGGGAGAUGUCAAGGAGCUCAAGGGGGCAUACCUCUACCUCGCUAGCGAUGCCUCGACCUACUGCACAGGUCACGACCUGGUCGUCGAUGGAGGCUACACUCUCCCCUGA